AUGGAUUUUACCCGCAAUUCGUCCCUGAGCUCGGGAAAUCUGCCAGCGGGAGUGUCUCGAGGUGCGUCAUUGUGCCGAAAGAAAUCACCAAGGAUAGGGAAGUGUUAAGGAUAUCGGUUCCUGGCAGCGAGGCCCUACGCCGAAGACAAACAAAUGUACCUACUCAGAGCUUGGUGCAGGCACGUUCGGAUUAUGAUAUAUCGGAUCAGUUGCGAUCGAGAAUAUCUGGUCUCGCACCAGUGAUGCAGGCCUUUCUGUUAUCUGAGGAUAAGUUGAAGGUGCCUUCCCAUUUGAGAAAGAAAGAUGCUACCGAUUUGAUAGACUUUAUCGAUCUCGUUCUUCUUGAGGAUGGGGGCUCCCUCGACAAUCAUUCAAGCAGCGUUUUGUUACAAAAACUCAGGCAGCUCUGUGCCGAAUAUGGAUUUGUACCGGAUUCAUGCUAUCUGCCAUCUACUGCAGUUACAAACAAAAGUCGGCAACCAGUUGCAACGGGCGGUUUCGGCGACGUUUGGCUUGGAGAGCUCAUCUCGGAGAACCAAUGGUCCAAAGUGGCUUUGAAGCGCAUUCGAAUUUCCGGAGAUAACCUGGAGCAGUUGCGAACAGGUUUCUUCAAAGAGGUGGUCACGUGGAGACACCUGGUGCACCCCAACGUCGUGCCGUUUCUCGGCAUACUGGAUAGCCAAGCCAAUGAUAUGUGCAUACUGAGCAGGUGGAUGGAGAAUGGGAGCCUCGUCGAUUUCUUGAAAACAAACCCUGGAAGUGAUCGCCUGGCAUUGAUUCGGAACGUUACCACGGGCCUCGAAUAUUUGCAUUCACAGGGCGUCGUUCAUGGAGAUCUGAAGGGGGUCAACAUACUGAUCGACGGCAAUGGGGUAGCAUGCUUGACAGAUUUUGGCCUUGCCACUGUGAUAUGUGUUCCCAGAUCUAUAGGAGGAAGAUCUUUCCAUACCACGACUAGUCUCAGUGGCACCGUACGAUGGAUGGCGCCGGAGAUACUCGAUCCGGAAGCCGCCGGACUUGAGCAUGCGCGGCCAUCUUGCGAAGGCGAUAUCUAUGCAUUGUCUAUGGUUAUGUGGGAGACUUUCACGGGGCGUGUUCCCUUCGACGAAUGUCCCCGAGACGCGAUGGUCAUUCUCAAGAUUAUCUCGGGACAUCGACCUUCACGCCCAGACUCUCCGGAUCUAAAGGCUCUUGGAUUGUCGGAUCAGAUAUGGCAGCUCAUGGAGAAGUGUUGGAGUCGGGAGCCGAAGGACAGACCUUGCGCACGCUCCGUGAUGGAGGACCUGCCGGUGUCGAAGGAAUGCGGGCAAGAUGCAAGUCUCGAGUGAGCAGCGCCCAGCGCCGAGCUCUCCAUUAUGCAUAGUUUCAUUCGUUCCACAAGACUAUUUGACGAUUAGACAAUUGCG